UUAUACGUGCAUGCUCUGCACAUUAUUACGCCCAUUUGUGUGAUUUUUAAAAGUACUUUAUUCAGAUUAUCUAUACAAUGCAUAAAAUGUAUGUUUGACUUGUUCACUCUAGUGAGGGAAGAGGGCAUUUAUUAUUUUCCUGUCUGGUGGCAAUUGCAGUAAAUCUAUCAGUGGAUGUUGAACAAGGCUUCAUUGUCUAACAAUGAAAAGAUCUUUAUCAAGACCUCAGCAACUCAAAGAGCAGCUCCUUCAGGCCAUUGAUGCUCAAAAUAAUUGAUUCACAUUCUUUGUGCAUAUCGCCACCUACUGGUUGGGGCUGGUCAACGGUGGAGAUUUAAAGUAAAAAAAGGAUUUAAAUAUAUCACUCACACCCAUCAUAUAGGGUGACAGACAGCCUAUCAAUAAUCACUCUUGUAGGGUCAUGUGUUGUGAAGUUCAAUGAUUUCCCAACAUUUUUUGAACACUGAUCAGUUGGCAAAAUGGAAGAUAGCGGUUCCUCGGUGCAGUGCGCGUACCCAUGGCUAUACUUAGAAAAUAUGUUCCAGUUUUCUGAAAAUGUUAAAGAUUCGUUUCGUUUUAAAUGUUUGCUUUGUUUUCCUAAAACAAACCAAAUCACAGCCUUCAAAAACUUGCCGUCCAAACUGCGGAAGCAUUUUGAGAUUCAGAAUUUGGCGGCCGUAUUGGACGUAAUAUGCUGUCUGGAAAAUUACCCCAUGACAAAAGAGGCUCUGGUGGAAACCAGGCUUGGAAAGCUGAUCAACGAUUUGAGAAAAAGGAGCACAGACGAAGAGCUUGUUAAACGUUUGAAAAAACUCGUACGAAGUUGGCAGAGGCUUCUAGGACUAAAUGAAGCCACAGCAAAAGAGUUCUCAUGCUGUGCGGACAGAAUCAAAUCGGCUCAAGCAGAAUGCAUUUCUGGAUCAACUCAAACCUUGUCUGAAAAUCACAGUAAAACAGUUUCCUGCAGUAAUGUGAGCCAAAGAGAUGAAAUGUCUCGUCCUGUGGCGGGUCAACCCAUCAAUUAUCUUGCCAUUGUCAGACCAAGUCGAAUUCCUGUCCGUGCAAUCAAACCUUAUUCCUCAUUCCUCGAGCAUCCAAAACAAUCUAGUGCUUCCUCGAGCCUGAGAACAUCUCUGUCUAAUCAACAUUCCCAAGACCACAAAAACAUAAUUGUCAGAGACUUCCAGAAGUCCCAAAGAUGCGGCACCUCUACCAACCCCAGCACCACAAAAAACAUAUUAGUUGCCACAGAACCAGCACUGUGCAGCACUACACUUGAUCUACCUUCAAAAUCUUCCAUCCAGGAUUCACACACAAAGACAUCAGAGCUCAUGAAGAACCAAAACAACUUACUCAAACCUGCACCUUUGAAAGUUAACCUGUGCUCGCUCGAUGAGGUCUCCAGGGGAAUGACAGAGACAAACUUAGGGACAUUUGAGAAUAAAACGAAGAAGAAUCAGCAUAGCAGCCGUACCAACAAACUCGAGGAACGUUGCACAGAAGACGGUACCAAACCUGCGCAAUUAAUAGGAAACAAGUUGCCGUAUGACCCUCAUCCUCAACAAAUCAAAUCUAUAUCAAACAACAGCACAUCUGACCAGUUGAAAUGCUUUUGUUCUUUCCAGCAGACAAACUGGAGAGAGCUGUCACAAAGUACGAUUAUUGCACCCGACCCGAACCUUCAGAAUAGCUUGCAGACCUCAGACAGUCAAAUUUUAGGGAUGAACUUCUCUGAGUCUGAAAACUCGAAGCAAGAGAAAGACUAUACCGAAGAGUGCCGAAAAACACCAAUGUUUAUACCAGAUUUCCCUGUCACAGACCUGCCAGGGGUGAGUCGAAAGCUCACUGAUAGAGACCUCCACAGGAUGCACCGUCAGCAGUGGCAUGGCGUGAAUGGCUGUUAUGAUAACCAGAAUAACUGGCACGAUUGGACUCAGUCCAUAACUCUGGAUCCAUAUGCGGAUGGGAGUAAACUUAAGAUCUCUCCUUAUGUUUGCUUAGAUUACAGACAUUGUAGUCUUAAUAGUCCAAAUGUGUAUUCAUGACAAUCUUAGACUGUAUUUUGGACCCAAACACCAAAGGUGUGUGUCUUGGUUUAUUCAAAUCAAAUUAUUCUAUUGGUGUGUAUGGCCCCAUAAUUGUUGCUUGCAGCUUAUUUUUGUUUGUUAUUCUGCUGUAGUUUUCUCUUAUUGUGUAUCUCUUUUUAAUGCUACAUUUAAAUAAAUGCUUAAUUUA